AUGUCUCGCCAGUCCACCGUGCGCAUCCAGAGGGGACGGAGCGGCUUCAGCGCCGCUUCCGCUGCUGUCCCGACCAGCUGCCGCACCAGCUUCAGCUCGCGCUCCGUCACCCGCGUCGGGGGCUGCGGCGCUGGCAGCGGCUUCGCCAGGCUCGCUGGCGGCUUCGGAAGCAGGAGCCUCUACAACGUUGGCGGAUGCAAGAGGAUCUCCGUGGCUGGACGGGCUGGUGGCUUCUAUGGAGCCGCAGGUUUUGGUGGUGGCGCUGGUAGCGUGUACGGUUGCGGUGGUGGCUUUGGCAUGCCAGGUAGCGCUGGCUACGGAUACGGUGCGUUUGGGGGUGGCAUGGGUGGAUUCCCAGCUGGGGGCAUCCAGGAAGUCUCAGUCAACCAGAAUCUCCUGAAGCCGCUCAACCUGGAGAUUGACCCCAGCAUCCAGAGGAUCCGAAAGGAGGAGAAAGAACAAAUUAAAACCCUUAACAACAAAUUUGCUUCCUUCAUUGACAAGGUCCGAUUCCUUGAGCAACAGAAUAAAGUGCUGGAGACAAAGUGGAGCCUCCUUCAGGAGCAGGGAAUGAAAACAGUUAAAAACAACAUUGAGCCACUCUUUGAGACUUACAUCAACAACCUGAGGAUGCAGCUGAACAGCUUGCUGAGCGACAAGGGCCGGCUGGAGGGGGAGCUGGUCAACACACAGUACCUGGUUGAGGAUUUCAAGAAGAAGUAUGAAGAUGAAAUCAACAGGCGCACAGUGGCAGAGAACGAAUUUGUGACACUUAAGAAGGAUGUGGAUGCUGCCUAUAUGAACAAGGUGGAACUACAAGCCAGGGCAGAUGCACUGUCUGAAGAAAUUAAUUUCCUGAGAGCCCUCUACGAAGCAGAACUGUCUCAGAUGCAGACACAAAUCUCCGACACCUCUGUUGUUCUCACCAUGGACAACAACCGAAACCUGGACCUGGACAGCAUCAUCUUGGAAGUCAAAGCGCAAUACGAAGACAUUGCCAACAGGAGUCGGGCUGAAGCCGAGUCCUGGUACCAAACCAAGUACGAAGAGCUGCAGGCUACGGCUGGCAGACACGGGGACGACCUCCGCAACACCAAGCAGGAGAUCACCGAGCUCAACCGCCACGUCCAGCGCCUGCGCUCCGAGAUCGACAGCGUGAAGAAACAGUGCGCGAACCUGAAAGCGGCCAUCGCGGAUGCUGAGGAACGUGGCGAGAUGGCCCUCAAGGACGCCAGGGCCAAACUGGCCGAGCUGGAGGAUGCUCUGCAACAGGCCAAGGCCGACCUGGCCCGGCAGCUCCGCGAGUACCAGGAGCUCAUGAACGUCAAGCUGGCCCUGGACAUCGAGAUCGCGACCUACAGGAAGCUGCUGGAGGGAGAGGAGUGCAGGCUGGCUGGAGAAGGCGUGCCGGUGAAUAUCUCGGUGACCAGAACAACUAUCGGAGCGGGGUACGGAGGAGGGAGCAACCUGAGCGUGGCCGGCGGGGUCUGCAGCAUGGGCAACGGCUUCAGCUGCGGCAGCGCUCCUGGAGUCAGCAGCCACGUCCUGGCAGGGGGCAGCGGCUCCAGCGUGAAGUUUGUCUCAACCUCCUCGUCCAGAAGAAGCUACCGGAGCUAA